CUUAACACACAAUGGCAUCGGCUACAUCAUUCCGCGAACUCAUCGGCGUCCAGCCCUCCAGCGCUAGUCCCACCGACAGCGUUCUCAUCAUCAUUGAUGCUCAGAACGAAUAUGCCGAGGGUAAACUCCAAGUCACCAACGUCGCCGAGUCGCGCAAGGUGAUCGCCGCGCUUCUGGAAAAAUACAGAGCCGCCAAUGGAAGCAUUGUGCAUGUCGUGCAUGCCACGCCAGAGGGCGCUCCCGUCUUCACACCCGGUACCAAGCUCGCGCAGGAGUUUGAUGAGCUUAAGCCCAAGGAUGGCGAGGCUAUUAUCCAGAAGAACUAUCCUGGAUCUUUUGCAAAGACGGAUCUGCAGGAGGUGCUUGACAAGACGGGAAAGAAGAAGGUUGUUCUGACUGGAUACAUGGCCCAUGUUUGUGUCUCGACUACCGCGCGUCAAGCUGCAGAGCGUGGCUUUGAUGUUUUGAUCCCCGAAGACGCCGUCGGUGACCGAAACAUCCCCGGCGUUGAUGCUGAUCAGUUGGUCAAGGUUGCUUUGAGUGAGAUUGGCGAUGCUUUUGGAACUAUCAUCAAGAGCAGCGACAUCGCUUAGGUAAAUGCGUAAAGAAUAUUCUAUUUAUUAUAAAGUCUAGAAUUACUUUUCUGAGAA